AUGGAGAGUGCAAAGCUUGAAAAGAUCACAGUGCCCGCACAGUCAGUUGAAGCCUCUGCGGAAGAUACAGUCGAUCGACUCAAGAAGCAUCCUUGCGGAAGCCAACUUGCUUGGAUGCUCUUCCGUGCCAUGGACGAAGAAAAGUUUCUGUCGUUCUUUGAUUCCCUGAUGCCUCUGAACGAUGGCCCGAUUGAUCAUCUAUUGAACGAAACUCAAUGCAUGGGUUUCUUAUUGAAGCGUUUCAUCGACAACGACUUGUCUGGUCGAACACUUCGGUAUUACAACAUCUUCAAGCAAACGUACGAACGAGAGCCAAACUUGAGCGGAAUUGCGUGGAUCUUGAAGGAAGCAAAAGUACAAGAGAUCAAGGAAAGAAUGGCAAAACGAAAGGCAGACAUUCAAAGAAUCAUUGAUUGGUUUCAUGAUCCUUUUGAUGAAAUUGCUACAGAAUUACGAGAGGCGUGCGAUCAGUCUGUCCAAACAGAAGAUUAUUCCGAUAAUGAUGAGGAAGAAUUGACUGACGAUCAAGACUCGCCUGUUUUUUACAUCUUUCAUCCCGACGCUUCAUAA